AUGGCCCAGCCGGCCACCCUACCAAAAGCUGGACGAACGUCCUCCCGGCCCAGAAACCCCCCCGGCCAAUCAGUACUAUCGAGGGCAUACGCAGAAGGUCGUGCUUCACAAGACGCGCUCGAACGUCCCCAAGUGACUCACCCCUAUGCCCACCCACAAGUCGUCAACCCCGGCCUCCCCUCCCACAGCCCACCACCACCUCCGAGCCAACACUAUUCUGGAUACUCUCCAAACCUCCCUCAGAACCCUCCUGCUCAGCAUGCGGCCACUGCACCCCUGAAACUGCGUCCGAGAAUGUCGAGCGCGCCUGUGACGCAGACCCAAAACCAGGGUCCUUUAUUCUCCACGACACUCGACAGCCCCACAGAGGGACCACGUCUGAAACCUAGAGUAUCCAGUCGCCCCAGGGCGCCGGGGUCGAAAUCGCCAGUCGUUUUUGUGGGCAGGGAAGGCCGGCCGAGUACGGACAUGGGAGGGAGGCCGAGUGCGGAUAUGGGAUUCAUGAGAAGGCCUAGCUUGGAUGCUGCGGAUGUGCUGGAUCAUAGGUCUUACCCUGCGCCGGGGAGGAAGAAAUCUCAUCCUACCGAUUACGGGCAGCCUCACAACUCAGGCAAGCAACAGCCUACGAUGGUGCCUCUCAAAGAGAUGACCUCUGAUCGUCCUUCGAUGAAUGGCAGGGCCAUGUCUGCUCCGCCCGCAGACGUACCAUCUUCCCCACCUCGGCACAAUCAUUUCCCCGCAGAAUCAUCCACCACGGCACAGAAAAAGUGGAAAAAGACUCAGCAAGGUGCCUUGGGUGUGGGGCAUGGUCCCUCACGGUCGACAGGCGCUCCGUCAAAGUCGUUUGACAUGGAGAGACAGGUCUCGGGCACCAAGUCGCUUGACGUCGUGAGAGAUCUUGAUGGAGGUCUGUCUGGAGAUGAGGAGGGACGGCGGCCUUCGGGAAGCAAGACGAAUAUGAAGAAGAAGAGUACGGCGGCGUUGAGAGCGUUGUUUGGGCGAGGUGCUAGUGGAAAGAGCAAAAAGAUGGAAGAGGCUCCCCCGAUGCCGGAAGAUCGUUAUGAGAGUAGGGUGACGUCCAAUUCAUCCCAGAGAGAAUGGGAACAAUCGACCACGGGAAGGUCAGGGAGGACGACACCGACACCGAAACUGUACGACGGAAGAUCAAUCUCCACAUUCUCCAGCAAUGAUGGAGGCAAGACCCCAACGGCGCAAUCAAGUUCAUCCCCGGCCUCUUCGCGGACAAAUCCACCUGCUAGAGAACUUCCUAUCCCUCCUCGGCCGUCACCUUCCCCCUCACCCAACACCCUCUCAGCUCCGUCUAAAACCCCUCCAGCUUCCCCACCAGCUUCGCUACAUGUGCCAAGAGCUACCACUCCCGUCUUUGAUCCCUCCACCAGCCCCCUUCUUUCGCUCUCUAUUGAUGAGUCCCCGCUCUUCGCCUCGAGCUCUCCAAAGAAGAGGCGACCUGCUACAGCAGACAACAAGCCUCGUACACCUCCUCGGCUCCCAUCCGCCCAGCGUUUACAGCUGCCCCAGCUUGACCUCGACUUUGGACUCGAGUUUGAUUUCUACGGUCUCUCUCCGUCGAGUGGCUCGCGCAAGUCGUCUCCUCGUCGAGAACGUAAUAGUCCCCUCGCAUCACCCAAACAUUCGCCUGCGAGGUCGCACUCUUACAGAUCACCUGGUAGGCCGAGUACGUCUCCUGGGACUCUGCAGAGAUCGUGGACAUUGCACGAGAGAGGCUCUGAAGCUGGGUCUCCAUUGGCUUUGAGCACUGUGAGUUCGAGGUCACCAGUGCCUGGGGCCAGAAGGCAGAAUGAUGAAGUGUUUGGCGGUCGUCUUGCGCCCGUUUCGGAAAUGCCUACUCAGUCAGCGAGAAGCCCUUCGCCCUCUGCUGUUCCAUUCCUUCCCAACGUGCCGUCCUCGGAUGAUAUCACUUCGACAGAUUCCACUCAUGAGAGCACCUCUCCUGCUCUCCCCGUGACGCCCCGGGAAAGCAAUGCUACGCUUGGAGAUGUUGCGAUUAACGUCAGCAGCUCGAGCAUAACCGCUUCAUCUACGACCCUCGCUCCCAAAUCCGUUCCCGAGUUACCGCCCAAAGAAAAGUCUCCCGUCGCUCCGACAGUGACGCUUCCCAGAAUCGCGCCACCAGCGCUCACUUUGGCGCCUCCGGUUGACAUCACACCACCGAAUCCCAUUAUCAUCGCGCCCCCACCGCCCAAAGCCAAGCCCAUCGCUCGUCAACGCACCCUUGCCUUGCUGAGCAAAUCCACCCCCGUCAUCCCCGACAAACACCUCACCAUCUCUGCUCUCGCCUCCAAAGCCGAAGAUAUCCGUGUGGCCUUCAAAUACCCCGAAGCGGGUGUAUCGCCGUCAGACAGGUCCGCAAGCCUGAGAGCAGAGUUGGUGCCUCUUAUUGCCGAGGCUGAUAGGAGGGCGUAUGAUGUGGCAAAGGAGGAUGAUUAUGAGGUUUUGAGGAGCGUUUUCUUGAGGUGGAUCAAUCUGUUGAUUUCGGAGUUGAGGUUUGAUAGGCCGGUGGAUGAGCGAGGGGCGGUUUUGGAGUCGCUCGCGGCAUUGUUUGAAAGCAUCUGUCUCUCUGAAGAAGCGCUCCAGCUCUCGGAUGACCAUCAAUCUAAAAUCACUCAGAUGAUGGUCCGCUGUAUGAGUUUCGUUAUGGAAAAGCUUGGAGGACGGGGUGUCUUCCAGAACAUAUUGGUGUUUAGCGGGAGAUUCUUGGCUUUUGCCUUCUUCCGAGUUCCGCACGUUGCCCAUCAGCUUCUGACGGUCCUAUCGUUACCCAAGGGAGCUUUGAUGAGGUUUGCGGGAAAUAUCGAGAAUGUUGAUUGCCCGGCCGAGGUUCAGCCAAAAUACCCCGAGCAUCUUCAACCACUGAUAUUCGACAAUGUCAUGAGCUACAACUCUCGUCUCAACGCAUUUACCGCAGAAUUCGAAACAGACGAAGAGCGCGAAGCGUUUUUGUUCCCUCCAGGUUACUGGCUUCGACGAUGGCAAUCCGACGACUCUGAACUGUUCCCGUCCUUCUACCGAGCGUAUCACCGACAGUUGGCUCAUUAUCUCGGCCCUGUCGUCAAACACUUUGAAGCGCAAAACAAACCGAUUCCAGUCGGGAUCCUCAUGCGCGCUCCCGGCUAUGCUCAUCUGUCGACAGCAUUUGCCAAGAAGCUGUACUCGUACAUUGCCAACACUGUCAACGCGGUGACCACUUGCUCGACGUCCUCCAACUUUGACGCUACAGAGAGUGCUCUCCAAGCACCGAAUGCCAAACCUCCUGUGCUGGUCACUGCCAAUCGGAGGUUGACGGAAACACUUUUGACGUUCUCUGAACAGAGGAUCAGCAUACCGGCUGGUAAAGUGAUCAUCGAUUGCGAAAUGUCUCAGCUCUACAUGGGCAUGAUUGAUCUUUGGACCAAGAAUCUCAUCACCAAGACAUCUCUCAAUGCCCCCAAGGGGGUCUUUUGUCUAUUCGACCUCCUUGACGGUAUCAUUGAUCCACCAUAUGGCUUCAUUCCCGGUGUCCCCACUCGCCUUGACACGGUUGUCGAUGUUCCAUUCUUGAUCAACGUGCUCAGAAUCAUUCUCACCGAAACGGAGCAUGCGAUGACUCUUGUCAAAGCUAUUGCGUUCAUCUUCUCCCACUGGGAAGUGUUGACCGCCCGAUCGGAGGACAGGAAGGAGCUGUGUCUUGAUCUGCUGCUGCAGAAGGAGCUGUUUGAGAGGCUGCUGUUGUUCUGGAGUCACUCCGUUAGGAGCUACGUCCUGAGGCUUGUCGUCUUCCGACUCGGACAUCUGGAAGCCGCCAACUCGAAGAGUGUUGGUUGGCAAAUCGAAGUCCAAACCGUCAAAGUUCUAGAGACCCGUCUGGAAGGCAUCAAACGCCGAUAUGACGAGCUCGAACCUGGAGCAGCUGACUCCGAACCACUUCCAGACAAACGCAUCUCUCAUGUGAGCCCUCGCGAGGAGAUCGAAGAACCCAGCAUGCCUCGCAGCCGUUCUACGAUCACCAUGGUCGCGGAUGAACCUGCUCCAGAACCAAAUGAGAAGGGAUCACAAGAAAAGGCUGAACGCCUCCUUGGCUUGGGUAUGGGUACGAUCGAUGCGCCACGAGGAAAUGUGGAGGUUGACCCGGUGACGGGGAGCAACAAGUUUGGAAAGGCAGCGAAAUGGUUGAAGAAGAACUUCAAGAACAAGGACAAGACCAACUCCAAGAACAAGAACAAGGACAAGAGUGUCAGCCUCGGUGUGGAUGGCAGCCCAACGGUCUCUUCGGAUGGCGAUAGCCCUGGGCAGGAACAAGGCGAACUCAGCGAAGGUUCAAAACCUUCUCCUCUUGUGCCCCCCUCUACGCCACCAAAGAGCUCCCAGGCUAGUAGUGCCACCGCGUCUACUGCGGCUGAGUCUACUACCACCUCUCCUUCUACGCCGCCUAAUCGCAAGCCCAAGCCCCCUACCAUCGUGACUACACCAUCUGGUGAAAGGGCUGAACGCCGACGUUCUAGGGGCGCAUUUACAUUCGAGUUUGAUCUGCCUGCCAUGUCGCCUCGAAGUGACGCGUUUGACCCUCCUCCCACUCCUACUAGCCCCAGGCGUAACUCCCAACCUCCUCCACCCAGCCCCCGUAAACCUCAAAGCCCACACAUGUCAAAAUCUUUUUCCAAGCGCUCCAGUCUGCUACCACCGUCUACGGCGAAUGCACUAGAGGCCAUGCUGGCGAGUGAACGGGAGAAGGAAAGAGAGAAGAAGAAGGCGGAGGAAAAGUUGAGACAGGAGAAGGGAUACGACAAGAGACUCCAUCCUUACGCUAUCAGGAUGCUUGGCGAGCUUGAGGAUGCCCAGAAAGAGUAUGACGAAUGGUGGUCGGACUCUGGGUAUGGCAAGCUCGACGGUCUGCCUCCGCGACUCACGGUUGCCUGGCCAUUCCACGAAAACGAAGAUUAG